UAGAGGUGUACAAGAUAAUAAGAUGAAUAGAUAGAGUGGAUAGCCAGCGCCUCUUCCCCAGGGCACCACUGCUCAAUACAAGAGGACAUGGCUUUAAGCUUUUUUACUGUUUGACAAUGAAGGAAGAAAUUCAGCGACUGCUGGUGCAGUUCAAGGAUGAGAGUGGGGAGGUUCUGGGGUCACCUUUCGAUGUGCCCAUUGACAUAACACCGGACAAACUGCAACUCGUGUGUAAUGUUCUACUGCCCAAGGAGGAUCCAUUGCCUUUGGCUUUCUACGUGAAUGAAACUGAAAUUGUCACCUCGCUCGAGAAGACGCUGCAAGAGCAGCGAGUAGAGACUGAAAAGAUUAUUGACAUAAUUUACCAACCACAAGCAGUGUUUCGGGUUCGGGCGGUGACACGAUGCACAAGCUCCUUGGAAGGACACACUGAGGCUGUCAUUUCUGUGGCCUUUAGUCCCUCUGGAAAGUACCUAGCUAGUGGAUCAGGAGAUACCACAGUGCGGUUCUGGGAUUUGUCGACAGAAACUCCACAAUUUACAGCCAAAGGUCACAAGCACUGGGUAUUGAGCAUAGCCUGGUCUCCUGACGGGAAACGGCUAGCAUCUGGAUGCAAGAAUAGUCAGAUAUUCCUGUGGGAUCCCAGCACAGGAAAACAAAUUGGAAAGGUUUUGACGGGACACUCCAAGUGGAUCACGUAUCUCUGCUGGGAACCGCUACAUGUGAAUCCACAGUGCCGUUACCUGGCCAGUUCAUCAAAGGACUGCAGUAUCCGGAUAUGGGACACGUUGCUGGGGCGUUGCGAUAAAAUCCUAACUGGGCACACGCAGUCAGUAACCUGCGUGAAGUGGGGUGGUGAUGGUCUCCUCUAUUCAUCCUCGCAAGAUAGGACUAUUAAAGUGUGGCGGGCCGAAGAUGGGGUCAUGUGCCGAACGUUACAGGGUCAUGCACACUGGGUAAAUACAAUGGCACUUAGUACAGACUACGUACUGCGAACUGGAGCCUUUGAACCAGCUGAGGCCACCAUUGUUCCCCGGGAUGCGAAUGAUUCUUUGGAAGAACUGAAGCACAAAGCUUUGCAGCGAUACGAGCAAACACGGGGUCAGGGGCAUGAGCGGCUGGUUUCGGGGUCAGAUGACUUCACCCUUUUCCUCUGGAAGCCUGCGGAGGACAAGAAGCCCUUGGCCCGAAUGACGGGUCACCAGGCUCUAAUAAAUGAAGUCUGCUUCUCCCCAGACACCAGGCUUGUUGCCAGUGCGUCAUUCGACAAGUCGGUAAAACUGUGGGAUGGCCGGACUGGCAAAUACUUGGCGUCUCUCCGAGGUCAUGUGUCGGCUGUGUAUCAGAUUGCGUGGUCAGCUGACAGUCGGUUGCUGGCAAGCGGCAGCAGUGACAGCACAUUGAAAGUGUGGGAUGUGAAGGCACAGAAGCUGUCAGUGGACCUGCCUGGUCAUGCAGAUGAGGUUUUCGCUGUGGAUUGGAGUCCUGAUGGACAAAGGGUGGCGAGUGGUGGAAAAGACAAAGUGCUGAGAAUCUGGAGAUGGUGAUGAUAUAGAACAGAUCCACCGUUCUGAAGCAACCUUGGACUUCUGCCUGGAUGUCAACUUCACCCAUCUGACUUUAAGUGAAGGAAAUGGGUUCCUGAACUCACAGUGACUAAAUAAACCAAAGUCCAUUUUUAA